UGCCGCGUCGCGCGCAGGUAGGCCGCCGCCGCCGCUGUCCGAGGCUGCCAUGAAGCACUACGAGGUGGAGAUCUUGGACGCCAAGACCAGGGAGAAGCUGUGCUUCCUGGACAAGGUGGAACCCCAGGCCACUAUCGCGGAGAUCAAGAACCUGUUCACCAAGACCCACCCGCAGUGGUACCCCGCCCGGCAGUCGCUGCGCCUGGAUCCCAAGGGCAAGUCCCUGAAGGAUGAGGAUGUCCUGCAGAAGCUGCCCGUGGGCACCACGGCCACGCUCUACUUUCGGGACCUGGGGGCGCAGAUCAGCUGGGUGACGGUCUUCCUCACCGAGUAUGCGGGACCCCUUUUCAUCUACCUGCUCUUCUACUUCCGGGUCCCCUUCAUUUACGGCCACAAAUACGACUUCACGUCCAGCCGGCACACAGUGGUGCACCUCGCCUGCAUCUGCCAUUCCUUCCACUACGUCAAGCGCCUGCUGGAGACGCUCUUCGUGCACCGCUUCUCGCACGGCACCAUGCCCUUGCGCAACAUCUUCAAGAACUGCACCUACUACUGGGGCUUCGCCGCCUGGAUGGCCUACUACAUCAACCACCCGCUGUACACGCCGCCCACCUACGGAGCCCAGCAGGUCAAGCUGGCGCUGGCCAUCUUCGUGAUCUGCCAGCUCGGCAACUUCUCCAUCCACAUGGCGCUGCGGGACCUGCGGCCGGCCGGGUCCAAGACCAGGAAGAUCCCGUACCCCACCAAGAACCCCUUCACCUGGCUCUUCCUGCUGGUGUCCUGUCCCAACUACACCUACGAGGUGGGGUCCUGGAUCGGCUUCGCCAUCAUGACCCAGUGUCUCCCAGUGGCCCUCUUCUCGCUGGUGGGCUUCACCCAGAUGACCAUCUGGGCCAAGGGCAAGCACCGCAGCUACCUGAAGGAGUUCCGCGACUACCCGCCGCUGCGCAUGCCCAUCGUCCCGUUCCUGCUCUGAGUCCCCGCCCGGGCGCCCGCAAUAAACUCGCUCACCCCCGCCGG